AUGGAUAUCGAGCAUACUCUUUCGGAAUUGACACUCGAGGAGAAAGUAGGCCUGCUUUCUGGUGUUGAUUUUUGGCACACCAAGGCUAUUCCACGAUUGAAUAUUCCAGCGCUGCGCAUGUCAGAUGGACCUAAUGGAAUUCGCGGUUCUCGACUAUUCAACGGUGUCCCAGCUGCUUGUUUCCCUUGUGGUACAGCGCUUGGAGCAACAUGGGACACUGCACUCCUGCGUACUGCGGGAGAAAUGAUGGGAAGGGAAGCGAUCGCAAAGUGUGUCUCAAUCGUGCUCGGGCCGACUAUCAAUAUUCAGAGGACACCACUGGGUGGCCGAGGUUUCGAAAGCUACAGCGAAGAUCCUGUGCUGUCUGGAGACCUAGCUGCCGCGUUGGUAGUUGGCAUUCAAUCAACGGGAGUUAUUGCCGCAAUAAAGCAUUUUGUUUGCAAUGACCAAGAAGAGAAGAGACAGAGGUCGAACUCAAUCAUCACUGCCAGAGCUCUGAGGGAAGUUUAUCUGAUGCCUUUUCAGAUUGCAGAGAAAAAGGCAAAGCCGAAAGCUUACAUGACGGCUUAUAACAAGGUAAAUGGUGUUCACGCCAGCGAAAAUACGCAACUGUUACGGGAUAUUCUUCGAGGUGAAUGGAAGUUUGACGGUUUGGUCUUGAGUGAUUGGUAUGGAACAUAUUCUGUCGCCGAGGCGUUAAGUGCUGGUCUCGAUAUCGAAAUGCCCGGCCCAAGUCGUUGGCGUGGUUCGUUAGCGCAGCUGUCCGUCAGCUCUGGUAAAAUUACAGAGUCUGUAAUUGAUGACCGCGUGCGCGCAGUACUGAGAACCAUAGAUCGAGUGGCACCUCUUGGGAUCAAAGACUUCGCCUCCGAAGGCACGAUUGAUAAUCCUGAAACAGAAGCGAAGUUGCGCGACAUUGCAGUUUCCAGCAUUGUUCUUCUGAAGAAUUCAGGAAAAGUACUUCCUUUGUCGGAACACAAAACUACUGCUGUAAUCGGACCCAACGCCAUGCUGGCAGCAUAUAGUGGAGGUGGCUCAGCACAGUUACGCCCGCAUCGUGCAGUCAGUCCAUUCGAGGGCAUUCGGGCUCGAGCGAAGUCAGUGAGAUAUGCUCAGGGCGCCACGAACUAUAAAAAACUGCCGAUGCUUUCCAACAUUACGUUCAUUCAUCCCAAUAAUACACCAGGUAUGGAAAUGCGAGUCUAUCAUGAUCCGCCAUCUGUACAAAAUCGAAGAUUAGUAGAAGCAUUCAAUAUCACGGACUCUAGCUGCUUCUUGAACGACUAUACGCAUCCGACGCUUCACACCAACUUAUUUUAUGUCGAAGUUGAGGGUAUGCUCAUGCCAGAAGCAGAUUCGGUGUACCUUUUCUCUCUAACCGUGAAUGGAACGGCUAAGCUGUAUGUUAAUGGAAAGCUCGUUGUUGACAACGAGACUAAACAGCAACCUGGUGACUCCUUCUUUGGGUCGGGCACGGCGGAAGAGAUUGGCAGUAUGGCCCUUCAUAAAGGCGAGGAAUACAAAAUCCUUGUCCAGUUUGCUACUGCCCCAACUUCAAAAGUGCGGAAGACGGGUGCCACACAGAUGGGCUUGGGUGGUUUGCAGAUUGGAGGUUGUCCGGUUACUGACGCUGAGUCUUUGCUCUUUGAUGCAGUCAAUCUGGCAAAAGAAGUCGAUCAGGUGAUUGUUUGCAUUGGCUUAAAUUCCGAAUGGGAAUCAGAAGGCUGGGAUCGACAAAAUAUGGACCUCCCGCCUGGCUCGAAUGCUCUGGUAAACGCGAUUGCGGAGGUCAAUCCCAAUCUGGUAGUAAUAAAUCAAUCAGGGACCCCUGUCACUAUGCCCUGGGUCCGGAACGUACCUGCAAUUCUCCAAGCUUGGUACGGAGGCAACGAAACAGGAAAUGCUAUUGCUGAUGUGCUUUUUGGACAUGCCAACCCUGGGGGGAAGCUACCGCUGAGCUGGCCAAUCAGGGUUCAAGACAACCCUGCAUUUGUGAACACUCAAUUGGAAGAUGGGAAUGUUACUUAUGGAGAGGGCAUCUACGUCGGCUAUCGAUGGUACGACAAAAUUGACCGCGAAAUUUUGUUUCCCUUCGGUCAUGGGUUAUCAUACACAGAGUUUCAGAUGUCUCAGCUCUCCGUUGAGGCAUACGCACCAGUAUCGGCGAAAGUCUCUGGCAAUGUUGCCAACAUUGGUCAUCGAAGCGGCUCGGAGGUUGUUCAGGUCUAUUUGUGCUUUCCAACAUCAAUGGUGCCUAGACCAGUCAAGGAAUUGAAAGCCUUUACGAAGCUACUGGUCGCCAGUGGGGAGACUGAGAAGUUCGAAAUUGAACUUGAUCUGAAAUACGCGUGCAGCUACUGGAGCGAGCUGGCAAAUGCAUGGGUACUUGAAAAAGGGACAUACCAUGUUCUGGUGGGCAGCUCUAGUCAAAAAAUCACAUUGGCAGGGACUUUUGAUGUGGCUGUAACCUCAACUUGGACAGGCAUCUGA